UGUUCGGUCCUUCCCCGGCUGCAAUGGAACCUUCGCCUUUGCUUCCCGCAAGGCUCGUCAAGCUGAACGUCCGCGGCAGCGGGUUUCAGAUCGGCGAAGCAGCGCUGAGAAACCAUCCCCAAACAAAACUGGGUCAGCUCGUCACCGAUACGGAGACUCCCGCAGACACGCCUGUGGUCGUCGAUGCGGAUCCCCGCUCCUUUGAGUACGUCAUUCAGUACUACACCACAGGGCUGCCCAUCCACAUCAAGAAGGACGUUAAUCCAGCCCUGCUCAAGAGAGACUUCGAGCGCUGCGGCAUCGGCAUCGACGUCGACAACAUGAGGCUGCCGGAUGGGGCCAAGCCGGAUCCACCUGUCGAGGAGGGUGAGCAGCUGCACGGCAAGGCACAGAUCUCGACACUUGCACUUGUUCGUUGUCUUUCUGACAGAUCCUUCCAGGAGUUUGUACGAGAUGCUGGCGGUCAAGACCAGUCGAACAAAGUGAGGUGACAAGCUCGUCACAUCGUCAAUCCUGUGCAUGCUCGUACCUUUUCUUUCUGUGGAUGCAGAUGUGAGGACUCAUCCUCUGAGUUGUCGCGAUCAUCGGCGCCGUCGGCGCCGGAUUCACCAUGCAAUACGGGUGGUGGUUCCCGCUCAGGGAGGAUCCCAACCGGGAUGAGAGGCGCGUGGAGGUGGUCAAGACCCUCAUGGACUUCGCUUUUCAGGCGAUCCCGCUAUUGGCCGUCACCUGCGCACUCGGCAUGGGCCUCAUCGGCGUCAUCCGCCAGUGGAUCCACACCUCCAGAUGCGCCUCUCCUGCCACGCAGCCCACCCCCAUGCCGCUCGAGACACCCCUUCAUCGGUCGCGUCAGCACCUGCAGCCAUCCAGCGCAAACACUUCAGUCGGCCGACCCCAUGGGAGCUCGUCUGCGGCCGCCACCCUUCGUGACACCAACAGUCACGCCGCAAACGACAGGGAACGUCCCUCGGGCCACCUUCGACGAGUACGUCAGGAGGUGCCAAGAGCGCCUGACAGCAUGAUCGUGACAGAAAAGAAGGCGCAGUGAGGAUGCGGCGGGUGUUUUUCUGUAAGUGUGUGUGUGUGUGUGUGUGUGUGAUCGUGAGAGCGGCCUGGAUGCACUUGCGUGACAGUGCCUGUGGUGGG